AUGGCCCUCCUAAACAGUUCUACUGAUAACACCUCAACACCAUCCCCAUCAGCUCAACCCACACCACAAAUUCACCCACCUUUUGAUCUCAAUCAUCCUCGACAACUAAGGAAUAGGACAAGUAUAAGAUCAACAGCAGCAGCAUUAGGUAUGCACAAGUCAACCUUGCACAGGUUGGUGAAAAGGGGUGCUAUAAAAAAACAUACUAAUGCCAUCAAACCACAUCUGACCCCAGCACAUAGGGUUGCAAGGGUGUUGUGGUGUUUGGGUUCCAUCAUACCAAACACUAUCCAAACAAUACCAAAAUUCAGCAACAUGUACAAUUUGGUUCAUGUGGAUGAGAAAUGGUUUUGCAUGAGCGAAAUUUCUCAGAGGUACUACCUAGCCAUAAGUGAAGCAGAACCAUAUAGAAGAUGCAAAAGCAAGAGAUUCAUAAUCAAGAUCAUGUUCAUAGCUGCACUAGCAAGGCCAAUUAUCACAGUCAAUGGAGAGGUCAUUUUUGAAGGGAAGAUACGAAUCUUCUCAUUCAUAGAAGAGGUGGCAGAAAAGAGGUCAAGUUGUAACAGAGAUGCAGGGGUGAUUGAAACCAAACCUCAACUAAGCAUCACAAAAGAAGUCAUAAGAAAGAAGCUAAUAAAGCACAUACUGCCAGCCAUAAGAGAGAAGUGGCCAGAGGAUGGAUGCAAGCAAAUAUGGAUUGUUCAAGACAAUGCAAGGCCACACAUAGCAAGUGAUGAUGCUCAAUUCAACUUAGAGGCAAAAAAAGAUGGAUUUGACACAAGCUUAAUCAAUCAGCCAGCACAAUCUCCUGAUAUGAAUGUGUUAGAUCUUGGUUUCUUUAAUGCAAUUCAAAUAUUAAAAGAUCAACUUGCACCUAGAAGUGUGAAACACUUGGUGAAGGCAGUGAACAAGGCCUAUGACAAUUAUGAUCCUAAGCUAUGCAAUCAUAUAUGGCCAACUCUACAGCAAGUGAUGAAGGAGACUCUUAUAGUGAAGGGUAACAACAAUUAUUACCACAUACCACAUAUGGAGAAGAAAUCACUAGAGAGGAGGGGUGAGUUACCAACAUCUAUUGUCAUCAGUCCACAACUAGUAGAAGAGAGCAAAUUAAAAAAUGGGCAUAGGAAGGUCAUUUUGAAGAGGAACAACAAGAAGCAAACUAUGGGGAAUCAGAUUCAGAUGAUGGUAUUGGCAUAA